UUUUGUUGCGUUCUUUUUUGUUUGACUACGGUAUCAGUGCCUUCGUGUCGAACGAAUCACAGCCUCUGGGAGCUCGCGGUGUUGUUUGCAGAGAAUGCAUUGCGGCUGUGGUGGAAGUCGGAAUGAAGGCCUACCGUUAUUUCCGGCCACCGCCCCCUGAGCCAUCGGCCGUCUUCGUCUGGAAGUCCAUCUGCACCCACUGGGUGGGGGUCCUGGCUGGGCCCGUCAUACUGGCGCUGAUUUUCAAGCGCACCUACGACAUCAUCAAGGUUCGUCGCGCACUCAACGCUGGAGGGGACCCGGCAGAAAAACCAAAGCCUGCCGGAGGAGAGGCAUGGGCAGAGGGACAGGUGCCCGCCGAGCAGGCCGUAGAGCCUACGGCUGCUGAAGGGGCAGCCAGCCAGGACGGUGGCGAUGGCGAGCAGCAGGAAGACAAAGCGGAGGAGCCCCCCGGCCUGGAGGAGGCCCCGGCCGAAGAAGCCGCUUCUGGCGAUGCUUAGGUCGUCGGAUCACAAGGCCCUGCACACAAAUCGAAAUGAAAGCAAGCUUACAAGACCCUACACGUCACACUAUUACGCGCUUUCAAAUUUUCGGGGAAUGUACAUGCAAUCGUUCGACCUGAUGCCCUUCUCGGUGGAUGCUGGAGGACUCGAGCUCGAAGUGUAUCUUUUUGCUUGAAUAAAUUUCUCAUUUCGAUUUGUGGAAUCGUAAUUAAA